UACGUUUUUUAGAUAACCGGCUCGGCUAAUCGGCGGCGGCAGCCGGCAGCGCAGAACGGUGGGAAGAUAACGAACUUGUAUGGCGCUUGUGAAUCCGUUGCCGUUAGUGAUCGGUUUUCGAAAUUUAUUAGCUGUUCGCUUGCUUAGAAGAGUUGCAAUUCCAAAUCCAAACGAGUACCUUUUCAAGCGAAACAAAAGCUUCGCCAAGGGCAUCAUGUCUUACCAGCAAGCAAAGGCGCGUUAGACGACAAUGAGUGACUCCAAGGAAGUGCAGCAGGCACUGCGGCGGGAGCUUCACCGCGGCCGCUUCCUCAGCAUUAAGCACCUGCCACGGCAAGUGACCGAAGAGGACGUGCGAGAGCUGCUGUCCGACGUGGACGUCGCGUCCGUGCAGUUGGUGACGAGCGCAAGCGGGGCCAGCGCGGCGCAGGUGAUACUGUCGGCGCCCGAGAUUCUGGACGCGUGGGACCCUGACCGCGUGUUCCUGAUGCGCGGGCAGCGCAUCCCGGUGAAGCCGUCGCCGCAGCUGAUGCUGCUGUGCGUGGCCAACCUGGCGCCGGGCCUCCCUGAGGAGCAGCUGCACGCCACCCUAGAGACGUUCGGCCCUCUGGUGCGUUGCUUCCAGAUGCGAUGCGCCGCGACGGGCGCCCCCAAACGCUACGCCGUGGCCGAGUUCGCGCUGUACGAGCACUGUUUACGCGCGCGAAAGGCGCUAAUCGAGCGUGGCGCCACGUGCGACGUGCUCGAUCUGAGCCUGCAGACCCUGGACGCGCUGCAUUCCAAGUGCAUGCUUGUCGAGAAUUUGCCGGAAAACUUCCGCGACCUGAGCCGCCUGCGGCAGGUGUUCAGCCCCGUGACGUCGCCACCCUACUGCCAGCUGUGCCUGACGGGUCCCCGGAACUGGGGCCUCGUCGAGUUUCACUCGUGGCAGGAUGCUGAGGCCACCUGGCUGGCCGUCGACGGCGCCGAGCUCAACGGCUGCCCGCUCAAGGUCUCGUUCUGUCCACCCGGCGUGCGGGCCAUCAACCUGUUCCUGCAGCGGCAGGAGGAGGCCCGCUCGGCUGGAGGGCUGCUGCCUGACCCUCCGUCGCCGCUCGUCUACCGCCAGAUGCAAAACCUGGCCAAGCAGAAUCCCAUCUUCGCCAAGAACCUCGAGGCCAUCGUGAUGACGGAGCAGAUCAAGAAGACGCCGCCAGCGGUUCCGCCGCCUCCACCCAAAGCCGUACUGGCGUCCGUGCACAACCUGCCCUUCCCCCCCAGGUCGCAGCUAUUGGUCCCCGCCGUGCCUAUGUUCAACCCUGCCACCUGGCCGCCGCCCCUCCCGCCCCCGGAGCCCCAGCCCCCUCAAAAUCAGUCGAAGCCCAAGUCGCCCGAGACGCCGCAGGGUCAGAAGCGCAAGAUGAACCACAUCCCACCUUCUCCUGAACCCAGCCCCGAAAACAACUACAUCGGACAGCACUCGCAGGGCAUCGGUGGACACUACGCCGACUCCUACUUCAAGCGCAAGAGGAAGGAGCUCUAAGUCAGACUCCAGUCCCCUUCCUUUCCUGUCUUUCCCAUUAUUUCACACAUUAUUUGUGCAAUCCAUACUGAUUUCGGGUGGAAUUUGAAUUUAACAAAACUCAAUCAAAUACUUACUUUGUGUACAUGACAAAUGAGAAACCUAUUUUUGUACUCUCAUGUUUUUUUUACUAUAUUUUUGUACGAAUUUUUGUGCCAAUUCUAGUUCAUAAGUGACUUGCAAGCUCUUUCUAUUUUCAUUCCUGUUGUAAAUACGCCAUUUGUCCCCACCUGUCAUUAUCAAUGUCAUCAUCACUUUGCUCGGGAGAACUGAAACCGAUCUCGAAGCAGCCAACCGAAUGGAAGACGAGCGAAGAU